AUGUACAUACACAGAAAUACACACGCACAGACACAUGUACAUACAUACAAAGACACAUGUACACACAAACACAUGUACGUACAUACAAACACACACAUGUACAUGCACACACACACUUGUACAUACACGCAGACACAUGUACAGAUACACACAUGUACAUACACACAGACACAUGUACAAUUGUACAUCCAUACACACACAAACACACACAUGUACAUGUACACACACACACUCACCCAUAAAAAGUUGCAGUACUUCGUUGUUCACUCAUAGAGCCGGGUACUGCACCCUAGGGGGAGGCAGAGAGCACAGCACACACUCCUUCCUUUGCUUUCACUGCGCUCAGCUAUUGAGCAGUCUGACGGCUCCCAGUGCCAAUGACAGAUCCAGCCUGAGCUCCGAGCCUGCUCAGCAAUGACCCCCACCAUAAUUUCCACUCGCCAUUGGCGAGCUGGCGAGAGGAAAUUUCAAGCCCUACACUAGCACAUCUUUUGUCA